GAGAAAUUUUCACGAGACGACACUUGGAGGAAGGAAGAAACUCGAGGAUGAACGACACGUCGGAACAUACUCACCGAGACAAAAAUCGUGUCGGAAAGCCAACGAAUUCCUAGGAACCACGUAAAAAACCCAUCAGAUCAUCUCAAUUAAGCAAGUUUUACUCCAUAUUAUUGCCCGUUUUAAGAGAUUCCGACGCGUUACAGCCGAUUUCCCACUUUCCCACCGUCCCCAUUCAUAGCUUCGUUGGCAGGGCAUCUUCUCCGAUUCUUCCUCCGUCGCUGUAAUCCGAAUCGCCGCCGUGUUUUUCCGCUAUUUUACAUCUCCUCCUUCAAACCCUUUUCUCUUUUUCCUCAUCUCUAUCAUUAGUUUCUCAAUUUCAGGUCGCCGGAUCGGAUUCCAUCAAUACCUCGCAUUGAGAUUCAAAAGAUAUGGUGAAGGAGACUGGUUAUUAUGAUGUAUUGGGUGUCAAAUUCGAUGCCUCCUCUGCAGAAAUUAAGAAGGCAUACUACGUUAAGGCAAGGCUAGUUCAUCCAGAUAAAAAUCAAGGAGAUCCGAAAGCGGCGGAAAAUUUUCAGGUACUGGGAGAGGCUUAUCAGGUAUUGAGCGAUCCCGAGAAGCGUGAAGCAUACGACAAGUAUGGGAAGGCAGGAGUACAACAGGACACCAUGGUAGACCCUGCAGCUGUGUUCGGUAUGCUGUUUGGAAGUGAGUUCUUUGAAGAGUAUGUUGGUCAGCUUGCUUUGGCUGUUCUAUCAACUUUCGAGAUUGAGGAAGAUUCACAAGACCCCGAGAUACGCAAGCAAAAAAUUCAGGAAAAGCUAAAGAUAUUUCAAAAGGAAAGGGAAGAAAAGCUUGCAAACAUUUUGAAAGAGCGCCUCCAACCAUAUGUUGAUGGUCGGGUUGAUGAGUUUGUGACAUGGGCAAGUUCAGAAGCACGACGACUCUCCAAUGCUGCUUUUGGUGAGACCAUGCUGCACACCAUUGGAUACAUAUACACAAGGAAAGCUGCGAAGGAACUUGGGAGGGACAGACGUUAUAUGAAAGUGCCGUUUUUAGCCGAGUGGGUGCGAGAUAAAGGACACCAGAUAAAAUCACAAGUGAUGGCAGCUUCAGGUGCUGUUUCUUUGAUUCAAUUACAGGAAGAGUUGAAGCGGCUGAAUGAAGGAGAUAACCGAGACGAGAACCUGGCAAAAGCCAUUGAAGAGAAGAAAGAUGCUGUUCUUAACUCACUUUGGCAGAUUAAUGUGGUCGACAUCGAAUCUACUCUGUCACGUGUCUGCUCUGUAGUUAUUAGAGACCCCAGUGUGUCGAAAGACGUACUGAAGCUACGAGCCAGAGCCCUGAAGAAGUUAGGAGCGGUGUUCCAAGGUGCAAAGUCAGCUUACAGCAGAGAAAACAGCCUGAGGCAUGAAAAUGGUAAAUCAAUUGCUGUUGCUUCUUCAACUUCAUGAGCUCACACUUCCAUGGAAACUGUCAGUCUUCUCUGAUCUGAUGAUGUUCUUUUUCAUUCUAUAUAUUUGAAUUCAAUGAUUGUUCUUCAUUUUUUGUAUGCUGUUCUUGAGAAUUCCUUCAUUUUUUUUUCCUGCUUUGUAAUUUCUAGCUUACAAUCUGCUCUUUUUCUUGUAAAUAAGUUAUAGGAGAGUGAGUUGGGGUUCUGAAUCAUUGUUUAUUUAUUUAUUGAAGGAGAUGAAAUAUUUCGAUUUCUUGA